AUGGCAGAAUCAGCAGGAUCGAUGGAGGGCAAAAAACGCAAAGCUCUGGCCGCUUUAUGCUUAUUAAAUGUGAUCGAUGACGACAGAAGACAUUGGAAAAGAGGCAAAACAAAAGAUUGGAUGAAGCGCCGAGAAGAAAAAGGCUAUGUUAGCAACAUUAUAACAGAGCUUAGUAUUGAAGAUACUGCUGCUUACAAGGAGAUGAUGAGGAUGUCUCAUGCAGACUUCCUAUUUCUGCUAUCAUUGGUCGAAAGGGAUAUAACACCACAAGCCAUUUUAGGUGGAAGUCCAACAAUAACACCAAAAUCAAGGUUGGCCCUCACCAUUAGAUUUCUCGCCACUGGAGAAAGUUACAGGUCUUUACGAUUCCAAUUUCGAAUAUCAACAUCAGCCAUAUCUUACAUUGUAAAUGAAGUUUGUGCUGCCAUAGUUAAAAAUGUUGGUCCUCUUUACCUCAAAGUACCUUCAUCUGUUGAGGAGUGGGAUGAAAUUGCAGCAAGGUUUAACGAAUUAUGGCAUUAUCCCAAUUGUGUUGGAGCUUUGGAUGGUAAGCAUAUUGUCAUUCAACCACCUGCAAAUUCUGGAUCACAUUAUUACAAUUACAAACACUCGCAUUCGAUAGUUUUACUUGCACUUGCGGGACCGAAUUAUGAAUGUUUAUAUGCCGAUGUUGGUACAAAUGGUCGUGUAUCUGAUGGAGGAGUAUGGAACAAAUGUGAUCUUUCUAAAGCUAUCGAAGAGAAAAAAUUGCUGUUGCCAGAACCCAAAUGCUUACCUUCUGGUAUAGAGAAGGUACCUUAUGUAGUUGUAGCUGACGAGGCAUUUGCAUUGCAGAAUUUUUUGAUGAAACCAUAUCCACAAUGUGGACUCACAGAUGACAAACGCAUAUACAAUUAUAGGCAUAGCCGUGCUAGAAGAUUCUAUGGAAAUCUAUUUGGCAUUAUUGCAAACCGUUAG